GAACGUUUUUGGAACACUUAGACCUCACUUUUGCAGAAAACACUCUCUUUCGGAAUCCACAAAAAGUUUUAGACUAGAAGCAAGAAAUGUCACCAGAAAACGGGAGUUCUUCGCCGGAAUCCCAUAACAAAGAGUUGACUUUCGAGGCAACUGAGUUGACCUUAGGUUUUCCGGGAGGGAAAGCUGAUGGGGGAGCAAAAUCGGGUACGAAACGUGGGUUUCUGGAGACUGUUGAUCUAAACCUCGGGACCUCUGGUUGUAAAUCAGAAAAUGAUAACGAUAUCUCCAGCUUGGCUAAAUCUCCAGCAUCCAAGACACAAGUGGUAGGAUGGCCGCCGGUGAGAGCAUACAGGAAGAAUGCGAUGAAGAAGAGUAGUAAAUACGUGAAGGUGGCGGUAGAUGGAGCUCCUUAUCUGAGAAAAGUGGAUCUUGAGCUGUACAGCAGCUAUAACCAGCUCUUGACUGCUCUAGAGGAUAUGUUCUCUUGGUUAACCAUACGUAAUUUUGUGAGUGAAAAGAAGAUUAUAGAUGAAGUGAAUGGAGUGGAAUAUGUUCCUACUUAUGAAGAUAAAGAUGGUGAUUGGAUGCUUGUUGGGGAUGUGCCAUGGAAAAUGUUUGUUGAAUCAUGCAAGCGGCUGAGGUUGAUGAACAGCAAAGAGGCAACUGGGUUAGCUCCAGGGACACCUCCAAGAUGCUCAAGCACAAGCUGAAAAGGGUCCAACGACAAAUAGUGAUAAUUUAGGGAUUAUAAUCAAUGUUAAUUUUAAUAUUGCUGUGUACAUAGGGUUCAGUUUUCUCUUAAUGCACCAUUUUGUUUUGGUGA